UCGAUGCCGAAGUGAUCGCUACAGAGUAAUGGCGGCAUGCCGGGGCUCUUCGUCGAAAUGGUAUUUCACCCGGGAGCAACUGGAAAGCACGCCGUCCCGCCGCUGUGGAGUAGAACCAGACCGGGAACUCUCCUACCGACAACAAGCGGCGAACUUGAUCCAGGAUAUGGGUCAAAGGCUCAAUGUCUCUCAAUUAACAAUAAACACAGCAAUUGUUUACAUGCAUAGAUUUUAUAUGCAACAUUCUUUCACCAAAUUCCAUAGGAAUAUAACCUCUCCAACAACCUUGUUUUUGGCUGCAAAAGUGGAAGAGCAACCCCGUAAGCUUGAACAUGUGAUCAAAGUUGCACAUGCUUGCUUAAAUCCACAGGAAUCUCCUCUAGACGCAAAAAGUAAUGCAUACCUCCAGCAAGCUCAAGAGCUGGUGAUACUUGAAUCCAUAGUGCUGCAGACCCUGGGCUUUGAAAUUACUAUUGAUCACCCACACACUGAUGUGGUGAAAUGUACCCAGCUAGUGCGAGCAAGCAAGGAUCUGGCACAGACUUCCUAUUUCAUGGCUACCAACAGUCUGCACCUCACUACCUUCUGCCUCCAGUACAAGCCCACAGUCAUUGCUUGUGUGUGCAUACAUUUGGCUUGCAAGUGGUCGAACUGGGAGAUUCCAGUUUCUACUGAUGGGAAACAUUGGUGGGAAUACGUAGACAGCUCUGUCACUCUGGAGCUGCUUGAUGAGUUGACCCAUGAGUUUCUGCAGAUUCUAGAGAAGACUCCAAGCAGGUUAAAGAGGAUACGAAACUGGAGGGCAACACAAGCUGCCAAAAAGCCCAAAUCUGAAUCCACACAGUCAAUGGACAACUCCUUUAUUGGGCCUUCGAUGCUUCUGGACCAUAGUGAUGUCUCAUUUUCUGGAGACUCUUCAUCCAACUUAACUUUGUCUAAAGCAGGUUUCUCUGGGCCCAUGUCUGGCCAGUCCAGAGGAGUCCCUUUUACUUUGGACACCAUCACUGCCACAUAUCCAGCUAGCCACAAUGAAUGGCCUCAGGAUAACCAGAGCCAAGCUGGGUACCUUUCCACCUGUGUAAAGCAGGAACCUCUCAGCAUCCCAGUUCAGGAAUCAAUGCUGACUUUGCAGGCUUCUACUUCCUCUUUGCUUCAGCAUCCACCACCUUAUAGAACUGAUAAAACUGUAGAUUUAAAUCUUGUCAAACAAGAACAGAAAGAAGCUGGUGGGAGUGGACCUAGCAAGCAUCAUCCAGCACCUCAAUCUGUCUACCCUCCGCCAGUUCAUCUUCCUCAACUACAACCUUCAAUUCAGAAACUGACUUUGGACAAAUAUAGAGAGAAACAUUCUGCAGAGCUAACUGUCCCUGUCCAUAAGCGAAGGCAGGAGCUUCAUGUAGGACUAAUGGACUGUGACAUGAAAGGAGAUCUGGCUUCCUCUUCCAUUUAUGCACCUUCCAGCAUUACCCAAAUAGAUCAUAGAAAACAUGUGCAGCCCCACCAAAGCUCCCACGGUGGCAACAUCACAGCUUCCCCAAUGAAAAUGAAAGUCCCUUCCUCCUCAGUCUCAGGGCAAGAUCGACGCCAUCAUAGUGACAAACGGGACAAAGGUUCUCUUAAAGUUCGUCCGGCUGUUCCUGGGUCCAGUGGCAGCUCCCAACCAGAGAAAAGUGGACAACCAAGCAAAGAUGAGCUCAAGAUGAAGUUAAAAGUUUCCUCAGAGCGCCACAGCUCAUCAGAUGAAGGCAUGAUGGCCAACAACAACAAGACUAAACAUUCCAGCCCGCUGGUGAGCAAAGAGAAACACCGCGGAGCAGAGUACAACCUCCAUCGCCCCCACAAGCACGGUCACCCCCCAACACACAGUGGCAAUGGUCGAGGAGGCACAGAGGGUCCCGGUGGGGCUGUGGGUCUACUACGCGGCCCUCCAAGUUUGGUCCCUAUGGAAGGAACAUUUAGUCAUCCUGUUCCAACUUUGACUUCAUCUUCAUCGCGCAAAAGGGCACACCCUGAGGCCACCUUUAACCACCACCUUUCAUCCGCAACUUCGAGCUCUUGCUCUAAAGUGAGCAAAAUCUCCAAAGGUGGUGCUGGUGCUGCAGGUACCUUAUCCUUUUCUUCCCCUUUGUCUCCUUGCUCUUCUCCUGUACUGCAGUGUGUCUCAUAUGACUCGCAGCACUGUGGCUAA